CGGCGGCCGGACGUGGCGCGUGAGAAGCGCUUCGGGUCGAGGGCGACGCAUCCGUGGACUUCAGGCUGCAAUGACUACCCCGACGGUACCCCGGAACCUGCAGCUGCCCGCUACUCAGAGAGCCCAGUCUGCGUUCCGAGAGCAAAGAAGACAAAAACUUGCAGAACAUUUGUUAAGACGGAAAACAAUGUUUUCAUACAAACAGGAAAAUAAGACAUCCAGUUCUACAGGUCAGAGAGUGAUGACACCUGAGGACCGCAUUCAAGAAGAAACAAAAGUUCUGAAACUUAAAGCAAAAAUGGAUGACAAAGAAAAUAUCAAAAGAAUUACAGAGGACAAACAUAACCCAGUGGAGAAACAUUGUGUUGCUCUAAAACCACCCAAUGAAUUAACAAAUUCAACUACAACAAUUGAAACACAUAAUUUUGAGGAUGAUAAUCAAAAGUUGUUACCAAUUAAAGAUAAUUCCCUAAGUCAAACUAUGACAUUAAGCCAAGCAUUUCACUUUAAACACAGUAAUAAAAACAAACAAGUGGCUGCAGACAAACCAAAGCAAGAUGCUAGCAUGCCCAAGAAACCUGUACUUGGAUGUUAUCGUGGCCAAAUUGUUCAGUCUAAGAUUAAUUCAUUUAGAAAACCUCUUCAAGUCAAAGAUGAGAGUUCUGCAACAACAAAGAAACUUUCAUCCACUUUCUCUAGAGCCACAAGGCCUGAACCUGUAAACACCAGCAAUGUAACAGUGAGAAGUGAUAAAGUCUCCAAUAAGACUACUACCACUCAAUCUCUGAACACUAAAUCUGUGAGCACUAAAUCUCUGAAUACACAACUUGUGCGACCUCUUAUUAGAAAUCUCCAAAGUAACACCCAGGACAGUGUGAAACAAGGCAUCAGCAGAACCUCUACCAGUGUUACAAUUCGAAAAGGGCCUCCUAAAAAAGAAUCACUACAGUCAAAACCAGUUCUAUCUUCUGUAAAAACAAGCUCUUCUCAGGACAUAAAAAGAAGUAAGGCACUAACAAGAAACACAGCAUCAGAAAAUGUAGCCAGACCUGCUCCAUCUUUCAAUACCAAGCUAAUAGAAAAGUCAAAAACCAUUGACCAGCGCAGGCAUACUCUAGCAAAGGCAACUGUUGAUAGAUCCGCUCUGCCCAAAGAAACUGCAGAAGAAAGAAAAGCUCGUCUGAGUGAGUGGAGAGCCAGCAAAGGAAAAGUGCUGAAAAGGCCUCCUAACUCAAUUACCAAGCUUGAGCCUGAAGGACAAAAGGAAAAACUAGUUGGAUCUUUUUGGACUACAAUGGCAGAAGAAGAUGAACAGAGAUUAUUUACUGAAAAAGUAAACAAAACAUUUUCUGAAUGCUUGAACCUGAUUAAUAAGGGAUAUCCGAAAGAAGAAAUAAUGGUCACACUGAAUGACCUGAUUAAAAAUAUUCCAGAUGCCAAGACACUUGUUAAAUAUUGGAUAUGUCUUGUACGUAUUGAACCAAUCACAAGUCCUAUUGAAAAUAUUAUCUCAAUUUAUGAGAAGGCCAUUCUGGCAGGAGCUCAGCCUAUUGAAGAGAUGCGACAUGAAAUUAUAAAUAUCUUAACAAUGAAGAGUCAAGAAAAAGUUAAUUUGGGAGAAAAUACCAAGGAGACUCAUGUAACCAAUGAACAAAUCCAAGAAAUCUACGUUGAAGAUAAAGUGGUUGAUCUAGAGCCAGAAAAUCCGGAAGGGGAGAAUAAGUGUAAUAGAGAAAUGCUGUGUAAAGAUGAUGAGAAAGAACAAGACCACAAAACAAAAGAAACAACUAAUGAUUUCAGUACCCCUGAAACAGAAACGGGAGGAAGUUGCUUUAUUAAAUAUAAUAUAUCUACAACACCAUACUUGCAAAGUAUAAAAAAGAAGAUGCAACUUGAUGAAACAAGUUCUGCAUUUAAAGAUCUAAAGUUUCUAACACCAGUAAGACGUUCCAGACGCCUUCAAGAGAAGACUUCUAAGUUGCCAGAUAUGUUAAAAGACCAUUAUCCUUGUGUGUCUUCACUAGAACAGUUAUCAGAGUUAGGGGGUGAAACUGAUGCUUUUUUAUGUCGUCCCAAUACAGCAUUGUUUCCUAUGUUCUCUGAGACUGAAACCACAGAUGAGAUAAAGCAUCCAUGAAGAAUGAGGGGUUUUGUUCUUCCUGGAGUAGUUUUAUUCUAAGUAUUCUUUGGUCUGGACUUAAUCAACUACCUUUAUUCUAGUAUUCAUAGCAAUGAUUUCCUUUAUUAAUAUUCAUGUUACAAAGGAAUAAAGGAGUUGCCUUUUUGGUGUUGCAAAGCUAUCCUAUGUUGUCAGUCUCAUCAGAGUGAGAUUUUCUUUAAUAUAGCUCCAUUUUGUCAGCUUAUUUGCUGUGUUCCUAAUGUUUGCUUCUUCACUUUAUUAAGUAUAAGUAAUGGUACAUUAUCAGAAAGUGAGGUAUUCGAGAUAAAAUGUAUAUUUCAUAUUGUCAUGUUUUAAAAGCUUGACACACCUGUCUAAAUAAAAUAGCAACAGCUUUUUUUGCCUAUCUUUAAUAUGGAAGUAAAAAACUGAGGCCUGGAAUGGAGCUCAGUGGUAGAGUGCGUACCUACGGAACAUGUCUCAGGCUCUGAGUUCAACCCUAACAAUAAAAAUACCCCCAAAAAGUAACAUUAAGACAAAGGGUUUAGUUUAUUUUCCUACCAGACUCGCAUUUCCUAGACUGUUGUGUCCUUUGAACUGCCUGUGGUUCUUCACUGUCACUUUGUGUCCGUGGGAGUGAGUGUGCAUCUGUGAUAUUGUGCAUCUUAUAGCAGUGACUGUGCAUCUGUGACAGAUUGCAUGCAUCUGUGACAGUGUGCAUCUUAUAGCAGUGAGUGUGCAUCCAUGGCAAUGAGUGUGCAUGUAGCAGUGGACACUCAUCUGUAACAACAUGCAUCUGGCAGUGAGUGUGCAUCUGAGGCAGUGAGUGUGCAUCUAUGGCAGUGAGCAGGCAUCUGUGGCCUCGACCUCCAUUUUUUCAUCAAAACUGAGGUUUCAAAGAAAAGUUAAUUACCCCAUUUCUAAGAGGAAGUUACCUGUAUAAGAAAGAUGAAGUGUCAAAGUCUAGUCCUUUCCUUUGAAGCUUGACUAUGUUAAUGUCAACAUUUUAACCUCUAUUUAGCUUCAUUUAAAGCUAAAUGGAUCUGUAUUAGAAUGGAGUUAUUGUAAGAAAACAACCAGUUGUUUUCUUCAUAAUAUAAAAAUGUCACUGUUAAAUAAUGUUUGUUUGAGACAUGACUUGUCACAAGUUUUCUGCUAAAUACCACCAAUAAAAUUUGUUUUAUAAGGCCUUAAUCUAACACUAAAAUGAUACACGUCUUCUAACAAUUCUAUAGUUUCAAAUAAGUGAACUGUAAAGAUGAUAUUAGUAACUGUAAUAUGAAUCUUUAUAUUCAUUUCAUUUGUGUAAUAACUUUACUACCAAUUUAUGUUCUAGUGAAUAGGAUUUUAUUCUUAAUGUACCCAAUAUAUACUUAUACAAUAAAAAUACCUGUAAUGAUA